AUGGAAACCAGAUCCCUGCGCCAAGCGCGAAUCCGCCUCAUCGCCAUGGAUCCAUCCGUCCAGUCGUUUCUGGAGCGCCUAGAGACCACUCUCAAGGAGCAUACCGCCGCGAUUCAUGCCUCCAACUCCAAGAUCGACGACCUCGUGGCGUGGCGCCCGGAUCUUGAGCGGCGCGUCACCGAUCUGUCCGAAGCGGUGGCGGUCCUCCAACGUACCUCGCUGUCGCCGCCGCCUCCGGAGAUGGCGCUCCACCAGGCGCCUUCGUCGAGCCUACAAUCGCCUGCGACAGCCGGCAUCCACACCAGGGCCGCGUCUGGCACGGCAGCAACUUUGCAAGGGCCCGAAGGCCACGGCGUCUACAACAUCCAACGGGGGCCACCGGCGGUGUCCUUCCAGACGCCGCCACCGCCCCCGGCAAACGGUCAGUACGACGCCCCCGCCCCCUCACCUCCUGCUCUUUCCCCAUUCGCGCACGCUAGCCAGCUGCUCAGCGGCCUCGGCCAAGCGCACCCCUCCGUCCAGUUCCCACAGUUCACGGGCGACAACCCGAAACUAUGGAAAACCCUUUGCGAGCAGUAUUUCACCAUGUUUGCUAUUCUGCCGUCGUUUUGGGUACCCAUGGCCACGCUGAACUUCUCUGGUUCCGCGUCAAUUUGGCUACAAUCCAUUCAGAAACGGCCUGCAGAAUUCGAUUGGGAGUCAUUCACUGCCCUUUUGUGCACACGCUUUGGCCGUGAUCGACAUCAAACGUUGAUCCGUCAGUUUUACACUGUUCGACAAACAACUACAAUCGGAGAUUACAUUGAGCAAUUUGAGUCCAUUAUUAAUCAUCUCAAUUUAUUUCCUCACUCGUUUUGUGGAGGGACUCCGGAAGGACAUCCGAGCUGUGGUGUUAGUUCAAAGGCCACCGGACCCGGACACUGCUUGUGCCCUGGCGCUGCUCCAGGAAGAAGUGGCUGAUGGUGCGACAUCCACCAGCCGGCGGCCACAUGACGUGCCGGCGCGUGCAGGGCUGGCGCUUCCCCUGCCUCCACCACCAGCCCACCCCGAACCGGCGACGGUGCCCACAACAGCUGCAGACCGCCGCGGCACUGACGCUGCGCUAGCGGACACAUCCAAGGUCAAAGCUCACCGGGACUACCGGCGCGCCCAUGAAUUAUGCUUCAAAUGCGGCGAGCGAUGGGGGGCCGAGCACAUCUGCCCAAGCACAAUCCAGCUGCAUGUGGUCAAAGAGAUGCUCGUGCUCCUAGGGGCAGAUUCAAUCAACGACAGUGAGGGGGACAUUCAACAAGUCCAUGCCAUCUCUCGACCAGCUCUCGACGGUGGCGUUUCGCCCAAAGCUUUCCAGCUAUUGGCCACCAUGCAUGAUAGAGAGGUGCUGAUCUUGGUGGACAGUGGUAGUUCGACAUCUUUCAUCAACAAGAAGCUGGCUGAUCAACUGACGGGUUCGGCUCCGUUGCCUCGACCCUCACGGGUUAAGGUGGCUGAUGGUGGCGAACUCCUCUGCACAGAGUCCAUACCGUUCUGUCAGUGGUCAUCGCAAGGGCUCGAUUCCGUCAUUGAUAUGAAAAUCCUACCGCUGGGAGUCUAUGAUGCUAUACUUGGGAUGGAUUGGUUAGAGCAACACAGCCCCAUGACAGUCGACUGGAAGAACAAGCACCUGCAAAUCCCUACACCUAAGGGUCCGGCUCACUUAUUUGGUCAUGAAUCAAAUUCAACCACUUGUCAUGUGAUCAAUAGUGCUCAACUAUAGCAACUGCAUCGCCAGGGGUCGCUCAUGCACAUCUGUUUGUUGUACCCAAUCAGUGAGGAGUAGAGGAACACGCAAACAGAACCACGGGAGCUGAAGCAUUUACUGGCUGAAUUUGACGAUGUCUUCGGUGAGCCGCACGGGCUUCCCCCUCGGCGUGCUUGUGAUCACACAAUACCAUUGAUGCCGAGGGCACAACCAGUCAAUAUCCGAGCUUAUCGCCAUAAACCUGAACUGAAGUCUGAAAUUGAGCAGCAAGUGCAGGAACUACUACAGUCUGGUGUGAUCCAACGCAGCCAAAGCAGCUUUUCAUCACAUGUCAUCCUCGUUAAAAAGAAGGACGGCACAUGGAGGAUGUGCAUCGACUAUCACCACCUCAACGCGAUGACUCGAUUCAGCAAAUUCCCAGCGCCUAUCAUCGAAGAACUUCUGGAUGAGCUGCACGGCGCGUUGGUUCUCCAAAUUGGACCUACGCGUGGGGUACCACCAAAUCAGAUUGGCCGAGGGCGAGGAGUUCAAAACAGCUUUCCAAACUCACUCAGGCCAUUAUGAAUUUAAAGUGAUGUCGUAUGGCCUCGCGAGAGGGUCGGAACUUUUAAUGGAGCGAUGACAGACACCCUGCAUCCCCUCCUGCGAUUCUGCAUGCUGGUGUUCUUCGACGACAUACUUGUGUUCAGUAAAACUUGGGAAGAACACUUGGACCACGUGCGCCAGGUCCUCACCUUGCUGCUCGUGACCAAUGGAAGGUUAAGAAAUCCAAGUGCGAGUUCGGACAGUAGCAACUGUCAUAUCUGGGGCACGUCAUCAGCUGUCAGGGGGUGUCCACUGACCCUAGUAAGAUCCAAACAGUCCAAUUGUGGCAAACACCGGGGGGUGUUAAGAAGGUGCGCCGGUUUCUGGGAUUGGCUGGGUACUACCGCAGAUUUGUGCGUGGAUUCGGCAUCAUUGCCCGGCCUCUUUUCAACUUGCUCAAGAAAGGCGUGCCGUUCGUGUGGACCGAUAACACCAAACAGGCUUUUCUUCUCCUGAAACAACAGUUGGUGUCCACACCAGUGUUAGCGUUGCCGGAUUUCAGUAAGCAAUUUGCAAUUGAGACAGAUGAUUGCGACCGAGGCUUUGGGGCAGUUCUGCAACAAGAAGGACACCCUAUUGCAUUCAUGAGCAAGGGACUCAGCCCGCGUUACCACGAGCUUUCUACCUAUGAAAAAGAAUACCUGGCCAUUGUGGUGGCCGUGGACCAGUGGCGACCCUACCAGCAACACAAUGAGUUCGUUAUCUAUACGGAUCAGAAGAGUCUCAUCCACCUUGAAGAGCAACGGUUGACUACCCCAUGGCAACAGCGAGCUUUCACCAAACUGCUCGGGCUCUGAUAUGUCAUCCGCUACAAAAAAGGCUUGGAAAACACAGUCGCAGACGCUUUGUCCAGUGCGCAAUCACCGAUCUCCUGUUUGACAUCAUCACAUGCUGCCCCAGCUGGCUCGAGGAUGUGGCUGCCAGCUAUCACAACAAUCCUCAAUCUCAGAAACUUUCUGGAACAGUUAGCCAUCAAAGAAGACCCCAAACAAAGAUUCACUCUAGAGCAAGGGAUUUUGCGAUUCUGCAGGAGGAUUUGGCUGGGCGGCACUGCAGUGAUGCAGCAAAAGAUUAUCUCUGCUUUGCAUGACAGCCUCAUGGGAGGGCACAGUGGGUUUCCGGCCACCUUCAGGCAGAUCAGGCGUCUUUUUGCGUGGCCCAAGAUGAAAGCACACGUUCUGCAGUAUGUGCGCUGCUGCUCUGUCUGCCAGCAAGCUAAACCCGACAGGUCAGCGUCUCCGAGCUUGUUGGAAUCCCUGCCAAUUCCUCAACAGCCAUGGGACAUGAUCACCAUGGACUUCAUCAACGGUUUGCCUCAGUCGGGAAAAGCCAAUUGCAUCUGGGUAAUCGUGGACAAGCGCACAAAAUUUGCCCACUUCCUACCCCUAGCUCACCCGUACACAGCGGCUAAGGUGGCACUCCUCUGCAUGUCGAGCAUCUACAGGAUCCACGGGUUCCCGCGCUCCAUUGUCUCUGAUCGCGACCCGGUUUUCACAAGCCACUUCUGGCGUGAGUUGUUCAAGUACGCGGGCACAGACCUGCGUAUGAGUUCUGCUAACCACCCCCAGACGGACGACCAAACCGAAAGAGUCAGUCAGUGCCUGGAAACUUAUCUGCGCUGCUUCGUCCACGCAUGCCCCAAUCGCUGGAGUCAUUGGCUUCCCCUCGCACAGUUUUGGUACAACUCCUCGCAUCAUUCAAGCAUCGGCAUGUCGCCAUUCCGAGCUAUGUUCGGUCAUGAACCUCGGAUUUGGGGAAUCUCGCCUACUGAUGGGUGUCAAGUCCCUGCCCUCCAGUCUUGGCUGGAGGAGCGAGCGGUGAUUCAAGACCUCCUACAACAACAUUUGCAUCGGGUGCAGCAGCACAUGAAGACACGGGCAGACAAACGUCGCUCGCCAAGAACCUUCUCGGUGGGGGACCAAAGUUUACCUCAAACUCCAACCCUACGUACAAACGUCAGUGGCCAGGAGGGCAAACCACAAGCUAUCCUUCAAAUAUUAUGGGCCGUUUCAAGUGAUCACCAAGGUCAGCGAAGCAACUUAUAAACUAGAGCUCCCAGCGGGCUCUCAAAUCCAUCCAGUCUUCCAUGUGUCUCAACUGCGCUAGUGCCUACGCCCGGGUCCUAGUCCGUUGGUCGAAUCAAGCUGCUCUCGGAGACACUUGGGAGGACAAGCUCGCGCUGCAAGCGCGGUUUCCAUGAGCUGAGGCUUGGGGGCAAGCCUCGUCCCAAGGAGGAGGGGAUGUCAGCGCACCUUCCGUCACUGACAAGCAAGGCCCGGUCAGCAGCGACUCGCUACGCUCGUCGGCUGCCCAAAGGCCGUCACGCACCAAGAAGCCCAACUGGCGCAACACUGGGCCAGAGUGGACCCAGUGAGCCCAGCCCAUGUCUGUACUUAAGCCGCAGCAUCGAGUGGAUCGGCAUCCGGUGGAUCACGAACCUGGUGGCGGCACGAAACCUAGUCUCCCUACUACUUCUCCUUCCUUCCCUCAAAUUUGUGUAUCCAAACUUGUAAUCGAACCUGAGUGACAGCAUACAGUCAAUAGAUCGUUCCACCACUCUCACUACCCUUACAGGGUAUGCCUAGAUGGCGCUGACAACCAGCGUAUCAGCACCAGCAGCACGUCCGGCCGAGGCGGCACUCGCCUGCACGCCUUUCCUGCCUCGCUCGCAACAUAUCAUGGCUCAAGCCUCGCAAUGAAGCUCCGGGCAGCUGCGUCAGCGGCAUCACGUCUAGGGUUUAAGGUGCGCACACGAGCUCACAUUUUUAUCAGCUGCUGUGACGCUGUUUCUGAAUGUGAACAAGACUUUAUUUUUUAUCACACUGUAGUUUGAGGGGAAUAAAA